ACUACGAGGCCACAUCUCACGCAGCAACUGCGUAACGCACUCGAUAUAUAGCGAAAUUCUGUUUUGUGAUUACGUCCAUAAUUUUGUAUUUUUGCACGCUUGUUCGGUCGUUCGCUUGGCUGGUGCGCCCGGUCGAGCUCUGUACCCGAGGCUUGGACUCACUCAGCUGUCUCUUUCGUUAUACACUUCACUGGCCUCGCUUUAUCGACGUGUUGGUGCCGCUCUUCGGUGACGACGCCACACAUCUAUUAUGUGCUACGAGUUUCGCGUUGUGGAGCUUGUUCGGUCUGUUUUCUGGUGUAUGACACUCAGUCGCUCGUCGGGUUCCCUGUAAAUUUCACGUGUUUGGUCUGGUUUUGCAACAGUUUGCCGGUUUUUUGCUUUUAGCUUGUGUUGUUAUUGUUGUGUGUUUACCGAAUACUUGCUUUGCAUUUAUAUUUUUUAUUAUCGCGCGUGUUUGUGACUUUGCAUUUGCUUUUGCGCUCGCCAGACGAGACAGUAAGCACACAUAUGCACAUAUGUAUGUGCAUAUGCUUGUGUACUCGCAAUAAAUUGCCACUUUGAAAAGUUGUGGAGACAGACGAGCUCUAGCCAGAGUGUUGGAGUUUGGAAGAAGUACAGUUGCGGACCUGCCCUUCUGAGUUUGGGUUCACAUUUUUGGAAGGAGUUAUGAAAAAUGUAAAUGGAAGAAUCAUCAGCUGUAAGAACAUAUUUUCUAAAGGAAAGACAAAAUAAAAGUUAUAAUGUUGACAAAUUAAUUGAGGAACAAAUGCCUGUCAGAAAGUUAAUGAAGAAAUCGGUGCCCUCUAAGCAAACAAAACCGGUCUUCCAUAAUCAAUACACUCCCACACGCUAUGAACGCGAACGCGCCACAAUGAAGAACAAGCCGCGCAAGGUGCUCAAUCUGGAAGAGCGCGUGCUGGCCAUACGCCUGUACCAAGAGAAGCCGGUCUACCAGCGUGUGGCGUCCGUCUUCAAGUGCAGUUGGGAGCAAGUACGCAAUGUAAUCGCCAAUCGCGACGACAUACUGCGCUAUUAUGGCGAAUGUCAGACUGUGACGCACAAGGACACGCCACAAUAUGCGCGCAACAAGAAAAUCAACUUUCUCGGCAAUGUCACAUACGAGUUUGUGCGACGCGCCCACUACCACCGCAGCGCGACGCUCAACGAUGAGACAUUGCGACAGCGUGCGCUCAAACUACGCGACAUCCUGCAGAUCGAACAGUUUCAUCCGAAUAAGGCAUGGUUGGCCGAUUUCAAGAAGGUCUACAAUGUGGAGUGGCAAAAUUUGGACGCGCUGAUUAUAUGCGGUGUACCGCCGCGUUCGCUAGACAACAAGGAUUUGAUCGAAUACUGUACGCGCAUGGUGUCGAAAGCACAGUCGCUAAUAGGUAAAAUGCCCAAACCGCUGUCAAAGAAGGAGAGUUCGCAACUCUACCAUACGGAUGAUGCGGAGUAUGAGUCGGCCAGUAGUGGUGGCGACAUUGAUGUUGGUGUUGGUAUUGAGGGUAGUUUCGAUGACAACGCAUCCGAUUCGAUGUACGCUGAGCAAUACGAUGAUGUGCCUGUGGUGAAUGAAAUUGACGAUUUUUCCGGCACUUAUUUAGACACACCCGACAACGAUGAUGAGGGCUUUAAUGGUUUUGAGUCAGAGCCAGCAGGCACCAACAACCAUUACGCUAACACUGUGGAAACAGCAACAUACGAUUUACCACGUACCAGCGUAAGUCACGAGGCUGCGGCGCCCACAGAAAUAACAGCGGAACCCGCUUUGCUAGCCGAAGUGCAGAUUAAGCAGGAGCGACGCAGUCGCAGUCGUAGCCGCAGUCCACCAUUGCUAUCGCCAUUGACCGUGACAAGUGGCACGAGCACGAGCGCCACGACAGCGGGUGGUGCUGGCGUCAAACGCAAGCACUCACCUACAACAACACCAAACACAACAACAAAUAGUGCCGAGUCAAAUAGCAAGCGUUUGAAAACAGACGCGGUGACCACUUAUGCGGAGGCAUUGCGCAAUAUGUGCCCUUUAGAGGACUUCGCGACGCAGCAAGAGGAUUUUCAGGCAAUAAACUUGCUUAUGCAAUUGGCGCGCGUCUUCGAGAAGGGCGCCAAACGCAGCACAGCACAAAGACGAAUUCAUAAUUCGUAAUUAAGACAUUUGAAAUGAUAAAGAAGUUAUAAUAAAUAUGUAUGUUAGCACAUUUAAGCGUACAAGCGUAUGUAAAUAUGUUAGUUUGAGACUCUCUCUGUAGUUAUAGCGUGGAUUAAGUGAUGCAUAAUAACUUAAUGUACAAUAAAAAUACAAAUUAAUUAGCCCACAAUUAAUCGAAAUAUUAUAUAAUUUGUGUAAGGUUAAGCGCAGCUGAAUAAAUUUAAAGUUUUCUAUAUGUACCAAAA